AUGAAUUUUUAGGAAAAUAACGAAGACUAUGAGGAAGCAACCUAACCUGUUUUUCAAAACGUUAUCAAUAUCUUGGAGUAACAAGGUUUAAUUGCUAAAAUGCUUAACCCAUAGUAUAAAGAGCAUGAUUAAUAAGCUACAAAAGCAGCGCACAAUGACUGGGCUUAAUGGGUGCAUAAUGAUUUAUCAAAUAAUGAUUCUGUACCUUAAAUUACCAUAUAAGAGGAAAGAAAAUUUCUUUAUGAUGAAAAACACCACCAUAUGUGGUAUAAAAACAUAAACCUACCAACAAUUACUAUAUCAGUUCAACAAGAAGUGUUUGGUAGUGGGAAAUACAAUGUGCUCUUGGAUUGUUUUGGUGUCUAAGUCUAGGAAGACUUAUUGCAACAAAACGUUUCUUCUAAAGAUUCAUUUACACCUUCAUCUUUGGGCGGAUACAAGAGGUUUUCUUUAGAAGGUGAGGGAAUCUAGCAAGCUAUCCUUAAUUAAAAGUAAUUGCUGACUUUUCAAAGAAUUAAGUGCAAAGAAACAUCUUACAAUAAUAAGGGUAUCAGAUUUUUCAUAGUACUUUAUAUUUAUGAAAUAUCCACCUUGAAGCCUGUUUUGAUCAGACUAUCUCCGUCUCUUUACAUAGAAUCUAGAAAAAAAUCAUUUUAAGAAACACAAACAUUGCUUGGUUUUUCUCACCCUUUCCAACCUGAAUCAUUUACAAAAAUUUAUGCGAAGUGUUCCCAACAGAUGACACUGGAUAACAUUGAUAGCUUCAAUGAGUACUACAGCUCAUGCAAUAUAAGACACAAGAUCCUGCAUCCUCUAUUCUUGUUUUUGAAGUUUUCAAAGGGCAUAAAGUUAUUUUAUAACAAGCAUUUAAUUGACGAAAACAUAGAAAAUAAAGGUUACGCUAGCUUAUUUUUGGAAAUUUAAGCAUAAAUUUAUAACUAAAUUUAACAAGAUUUAAACAAUUCUUGUGUGGAUGACAUUAAAAAUUAAAAAAAUAAAUCGGUUAAAUAAUCUACAUAUUCCCUUCUUGGCAUUAUGGUUAAUUACGAUAGCAUGCCUCCUCACGAUAAAAAAUAAGAGAAAAAAAUUUACUAAAAGGUACACCGCUUUGUGAAGCCGCUUAUCGGAAAUAUUCUGCAGGUGUAUUUUGAUCGCAAAGAUAUUCCUUCGUAUAUGAAAGAACUUAUCUAUGAGGAUUAAAUGAAAGAGGACUACAAACAAAUUUAUCAAUAAUUAUCAGAUUUGAAAUUAAACAGAUCCAUGAAAUUAGGACCAUCCAACACUUAAUAUUGGAACCCAGAUUAGCAAAAUUUAUAAUAGCCAAAAAAUUCACGUGCUUCAAAUAUUGAAAGUUCUUAAGAGGAAAGUAACUCACAGUAAAAUCCUAAUAGUUCUGGUAAAUAAAAAAGUUAACAAGUUUAAUUCAAACAGAGUGAUUAAAAGCUAAAAAAAAGACCAUUUAGCUCUCUAAAUAGCAAUAGCAGUAAUAAUAAUAGCUAGAUAUAUGCAGUUGCAAACAAAGAAGCAGAUGCAAACCACAGUAACUUGGUUGAAGAAGAGAAAAUUUAAAAAUAAGGGAAGAAUGAAAUAAUUAAUUAUCAAUCAAGCUCACAAAAUCUCAAGAAUAAAUAGCAAAAUAAAAAGCAAGAAAUUUUACAAAAAUUCAAAAAAACAUCUGAAACAACUAACAACACUAGAAAUUCCUUUUAUUCUGGUGAAAAUAGUCUAGAAGAUAAUUACGAAUUCGAAGAAGGAACCCGUCCUAAAAAAACAUAAUCAAUCAGUUAACAUAGAAAAGAAACUCUAUCAAGAAUUCCUGAGAUAUCUCAUUAACACAACUAAAAAGAAACCUUAACGAAUACACUAUAAACUCCUCAAACAUCUAUUCCUGAAAAUUUUUCAUAGACAACUAUUUAUCCAGAUUUAAAUCACUAGCAUGCCAAUCAAGUAGCAUACACUAAUCCAAUUUAUCAGUCUCCAGAAGGAAUGAUAUUACCUAUGCAACAUUAAAUAUCUUAGCCUAUGCUAAUUCCUAUGAAUAGCUAUAUGCAAAUGCCUCAUAUGAUUUAGCCAACAGUUCCCUAAUCUCUACCUAUUCAAGCAGCUAUGGUACCCUAGCCUGUUUAAGUAGUAAUAAACCCAUACUAGAUAUAAAAUAUGUAUUACCCAUAUCACAACACUGGCUAUGGUAUGCCUAUGUAAGUCAUGCAUACUACCUAACCAGCCCCACCUACUUUUAUUUAAACCAAUAUGAUGAACUACCCUCAAUAAUAGCCUAUUUCUGUCUAGAAUAAUUACUAAUAUAUUUAAUAGUCUAAAUUAUAAUGCCUUUAAUAGCAGUAGUAAUAAUAAUGA